GAGUCGCGGAACCAAUGGCGUUUCCGGCGCCGGGAUUCAAACGUGCGCGGGCGCUGAGGACGAGUGCCGGGCUCGUCCAUGGAUCUGAUCCGGGGCUUCUGCGGGAAGCUGCGGUCUCUGGCCGUCACCCUGGACGGCGAGACGGCCCGGCUGCAGCGAGCGCUGGACGGAGAGGACAGCGACUUUGAAGAUUAUCCAAUGAGAGUUUUACAUGACCUUCAUUCAGAAGUCCAGACUCUAAAGGAUGAUGUCAAUAUUCUUCUUGAUGAAGCAAGCUUGGAAAGUCAAGAAAGCAUUGGUUUCAUAAAGGCAACAAAAGUACUGAUGAAAAAAAAUUCAAUGGAUAUCAUGAAAAUAAGAGAGUUUUUCCAGAAGUAUGGAUAUAAUCCACGUGCCAAGGAAAAUUCAGUGGAUGAGCAAGAAGUCAUUGACUCUAAACCAGAGUCCAAUAAACGUGACAAUCCUGAGAAGCCUGAUGUGAAGGGUGAUUUGUCGGAUUCUGCUCCUCCAAGCAGUUCUGUUUCUGAGAAGCCUCCGCGUAGUCCACAACUUUCCGAUUUUGGACUUGAGCGGUACAUGAUAUCCCAAGUUCUGCCAAACCCUCCCCAGGCAGUAAACAACGAGAAGGAAGAGCCAAAAAUUUUAACUCCAUUUUCCAAACGGCCACUAGUAAAAACUCCCAAAUGUGCACUAAAGAUGGAUGAUUUUGAGUGUGUGACUCCUAAAUUAGAACACUUUGGUAUCUCUGAAUAUACUAUGUGUUUAAAUGAAGAUUACACAGUGGGACUUAAAAAUGUGAAGAAUAACAGUGAGGAGGCCAUAGAAACAGAACCAGUGACCAACAAUAAUUUCUUUGCCACUCCUGGCCCCAUAACCCAGCCAUUGGAGAAAAAUGAUGCCAAGCAUACACAUUCUCCCGUGGCACCUACAUUCUGCACUCCUGGUUUGAAAAUCCCUUCUACAAAGAACAGCACAGCUUUGGUAUCCACAAAUUAUCCAUUAUCAAAAACAAAUAGUUCAUCAAAUGACUUGGAAAUGAAAGACAGUACAUCGUUAGUUUUAAAUUCAGACGAGUGCUUUGAGAAUUUUGCAGAUCCCUCUUCUCCUACGAUUUCUUCUUAUGAGAAUCUGCUCAGAACACCUACACCUCCAGAAGUAACUACAAUUCCAGAAGAUAUUCGCCAGAUUUUAUCAAAAUACAACUCAAACCUAGCUACUCUGGUAGCAGUUAGAGAAGUGCCACCCAGCAAAGUGUUCCUUCCUCGGUGUGAAGGACAGGACGUCCGAAACGCUGGCAACAGAGAAAACUGGUGAAAAAAUGGUAGUGGAUCCAUCCUUCCAUUAUAGAAACUGAACAGAAUGAGAUGAAAGCAAAUCUGCUCUUGCUUUAAAGCGUUUUUCACAUUCCCCGACAUCUUUCCCCUUUUGAAAAUCCAACUCAUAUUAAAGAUGAGCAUGGACACUGAUGUCAUAAAAUGCUUUUUAUUAAGUUUGAUUUAGUCUAACCUCAGGCUUGUUGACGUGUAGUUCAGUUACUCAGUUUUGAAAGAUCAUUACUAUUUCACUGAUUUCAAAUUUACCCUGCCUAAUGGAAGAGUAUGGUUUAAGUAACAUUAGGAAGCAGGAUAAAUAAUUUUUGAAAUUUAAACGUUACUGUUUGCUACUCAGAUAAGGCCACCUUCAGUCUUCUUGGGCUAGACAGUUGUUGCUAGACCUGGGCUUCCUUGGGUCUAGCUCUGCCCUUCUGCCUCCUCUCAUGACUGUCCCAAGUCUUUUACACCUUUUAUUUCGACAAUGCUCUUUUAAGGCACUGUUGUUUACAAAUGACAGCUUAAAUUAAUUUAGGAAGAGAGGAAUUUACAGGCCUAGGUAACUAUACUGAAGUAGGUGUCUCGGACAUUUGGAAUUAGACACUUGCCUGCUGUCAGGACGGAUGUUUUAUUUUUACUUGUCAGCUUCAUCCUUUCAAAUCACCUCUUCCCAGCACACGGCUGCAACCUCUCCAGGUCCCCGUCCGGCUCGCGGCCCAGCAGCCUGAGCCUCACGCUCUGUGGAGGGUCCCCGGACUCCUCCUGGCCGGGUGCUCAUCUCUGGGCUGUCCGCUGUGCCUCUAGAGCUGUCUGAGAGCUCCAGGCUGCCCUGUCCAUGGAGCCCAAGAUCCUUCCGGUCUAAGUAAAGUUGAUGCAGCAAUUAUCCUCUUUUAUGGUUGGGCCUUGAAAGUCAAAUGUGAAGACUUGUCACAUUGUGAAUCUUCGUUUUGUCAGAAAAUUGUCACUAAAACAAAACAAUUUAUUCUUUGUUCUAGGAACUACUGUGUAAUAAUUUUUUGCUAAAUAUUGAUACAAUGUAAAAUUCAAGAUACUUAGUUUUAUUUUUCCAGGUAAGCUCUGGUCAGCCUUGUAUACGAUGGUGACUCCCAAAUUAUAUCAGCCUUUUAUACACUAUUUACCAUGGCUCUGUGUACCUAAGUCCACGGAGUGGACAGAUUGCUUGAAGGAGGGAGUAUAUUCAAAGUGCACGCAGGGCUGAGUCCUGGAGUUCCAUUUUAGAAGAUGGAAAGAGGCAGAAAAAUCUAGCGAAGGAGACGAAGAAGAAGCUGGUGACGUAGGAAGGAAAUACUUCAAGCCGAGUGAUCGAUUCUAUCAAUAUUGCUGAGAAUCCAAGACAAGAGAAUUACCACUGGAAUUGGCAAAAUUGCUGUUACUGACAGCACUGAUUAAUUCCGACAGCGUGCUCAGGACGGACGCCUGGAGCAGACAGGAAAGGUCGGAGGUGAGGAAGCAAAGGUCAUGGACUGAGACGCUCCUUUCAUGAGUUCUGCUCAAGAAGGGAGAGAAGAAAUGGUGCUGCAGCCAGAGGGGGUGUGAGUGAAACCAGGUUUUUGAAGAUGGGAAAUAAAGAACGUUCCAUUAAUCAUUUCUGACGGCCUGCUGGGUGUGUCCACCUGUCUUGUGAUGGCCCCUCAAUCCCUGUGAUGGCCCCUCAAUUCAGUCUGUCCAGAAUUUCUCUUUCCCUGGCCCUUACCACUCUCCUCCUGUGAUCUUAGUUUCUGCUCCCUAGAACUAGGAUGCUUCCGGCUUAUCAACCUUCAAACGUUACCCUUCAGUGUCUUCCCACUGCUCUCAAGAUGAAUCCAGGGUCCCAGCGUGGCCUCCAGGGCCGCCCCGUGUGACUCGACCCUCAGCUGCUCCUCCCUCUGGUCUCAAAACCUGGGCCCCAGCCGGCAGCCGGCCUUCCCUCUCCUUCCCUGCUUUCCUGCCCUGGGCUCCACACGCCCCGGGCUCCACACGUGCUCUCCCUGCCCAAAUGGCUUCUCCCACCCACUCUGCUCAGCUGUCUGUCCCUCACAUCCUUACGCUGGAGAUAGCUGACGUUUUUGUCUGCCCACCACUCCUACCCCCUUAAAGGAAAACGCUCCGAUUUUCCCUGAACUCAGCCCAGUUCCAAGACCAACCAAGCAGGGCACAGUCCCUGACCAGUUGGUAUUGGGCACGUGACCCACGUCAUAUCCAAGAGAGCCAAUUCUGGGACUUUGGGGAACUACUAGGAAGAGCAGCACGUCUUUCUGGACGUGCAGAGAUGUGCACCCAGAGCCACGAAGGGAGAGGCCGAAGGCGGAGCUGCCGCAGAAGCUCCAGCAGGGGACGUGUGAGAGCUUGGAGGCCAGCUCCAACCCCUGUUCUUCAGGUACAUGAUUCAUAAACUCCUUGUUUUCUCGUUACGUGAAGCUCUUAACAGUCCUGCCUCAUCGGCUUCAGGACUCAGAUUAAAUGUCAUUUUAUCAAAGAUUUUACCCACCUUCCCAGUCAGCACCCUAUUCUCAUCCUUUAUAGAACUUGGUAGAAUCUGUAACAGAAUAUUUGAGGGUACCUUUAUUUAAUGUCCAUUGCCCCACUGGACCAUAAGGUCAGUGUGGACAAGGACCUCAUCUGCUUGCCUUGUUCAUUAUGACACUGGUACCUGCCAACUUAAAAUAUUUAUUGGUUAGUGAUAACAUCAAACACUUACUGAGGUCUUACUAUGCUAGGCAUGGUUCUAAGUACAUUCAUUAACCCAUUUCAUUCUUAAAAAGUAACUCUUAGCAAAUAGGUGCUAGCAUUUCGACUUUUCAGAUGAGGAAAUUGAGGCUUUAAUGCUGGACUUCUCUUUCCACGUCCCAUUUCCCAGCCCAGAUCUUGCUGACCGCCUCUGGGGUGUGUCCCCUCCCCACCGUCCUCCGCUGCGCCCCCGCGUGUCACCUGAGGGCAGAAGCAUCUCAUGGUCCUCUUCAUCCAGAUCUCUGGCCAAACUCCUGGUGAGUGCUCCGGGUGUCCCUGCUGUUUCCGCUUCAAUGCCUUUGUUCACCCCACACCCUUUAUCUACUGGGAGCCUAAAUCCAAGCCCUGUGGGCGCUGAACAAGGUCACAUGCCAUCCUCAGCAGCAACUUCGCAUGACACCGUCUUAUCCGCCUUUGAUCAUUGGGCAUUUACACCUUUUGUUACCAGACUAAGGCUUUCUGAGGAAGGGUCUGUGUGUCCUUUGUCUGCACCCCCAGGCCCACGGCAUUCACCCAUAUUUUAUUCCCUGGAAGUGCGGGAGGAGCUAGUAAUACUACAAAUUCUGACAGUUUCCAAUAAUGUAUGCAGGUUUUGAAAAUGCCUCAGGUGGUUCACCUCAGUCAUAGUUUAAACUGCCGUAAUUUCAUCCUCUGUGGGACAUUUUCUGAGCAGUUGGUUGCAGCUGGGUUGGCCUGCUAGCGUGGGAAGGAGCAGGAAAUUCUGACAGCCGAAGGCAUGAAGUGAGGGGGCUACAAAUGCCUUUUUUCUUCUUUGUUUUUAAAACAGCUGUUUAUUGAACAUUCCCUCUCUACCAUGCCCCUCCUCUGAGCCCCCUUUCAUUUGGCUCUUCUCAACAAUGUUCUGAGGUAGGCGUGUGAUUAGAACACCUUUAUACAGUAAACUCCUCACGACAUUCCCAGGCUGAUGGGUUUUGCUUAUUAAAAUUAUCUUAGUAUUUAUUUAGUAUUAAAAUUGCUUUUUAGGCUUCAGCCUAUUCCUCCUAGGGAUUACGGGGGUGGGGGAGAGAGAUCAAUGACUGUCUUCAUAGAAGAGUUGCCUAGUUCAUGAUUAAUCCUACCAGAAUAAAUAUGCUUCCUUCAAGCUUGUUCCGUUACAGGUUCCAAGAAACUGCAGCAAUUUGUGAGAACAACCUAUAUCUAAGCAAUACAAUACACACCAGAACACUCACACCUCACCGGGAAACCAUGACCAUAUCAUUUCCUUAGAAGACAGGUGUUUUGGUUUGUACCAAAACUGAAGCAGGUCCACGUACUCUGGAUGACGGUCCCCUGGCAGCAGUCUGCAAUGCAGAGGACAGCUUCACCACGAGAGCAGUACCAGUGCAGCGGGCGGAAACCAGCUGGCAGUGAGCUGAGGACAGCACAACACUGUUUUUGGAAACGUAUGUUUCAAGUCACCUGUCGUUGGCUCCCUAGCUUCCCAGCCCACUUGCGAGCUGUUACGUAAAGCGGGCCUCCACUUCCGCUGAAGUGAACAUGGUAGCCGCUGCCUGCACCUCAGUGCUGAAGGUUACGUGAGGUCAGGCACCCCCGCGCUCCCAGCACAGCUCCGCACUCAAAUUAUAAGCUGCUCAAUUUCACAACAGCUAAGUUUGGAGUUUGUGAUAGAACAGAAACAGGUAGGCUGAGUUCUGCUCUAUGUAAGAGUAACAAGAGUUUGCCUAACAGUUUAACAGCUUUCUUUCCCCUUGACAGCUGCCCCUACAUGCACACACACACACAGAGUUGACAUCUGAAACAUCCCGAGCCAGCGCCCAGGAUGGUAAUGAAAAUUUAAGUAUAAACUUAACAUCGACUCCCUACCGAGGAUCCAGUAAAUAGCUGAAAAUGCCAAGCUCCUGUACGCUGUGAGAAAACUGAAGAUACCACCCUCCGAAGGGAAAACACUUCAAGAGCCCGUGAGGCAGUCAGGACGCUGAAGGCUGAGCACGUGCCGUCACGGUGACCGUGACACAGCUCGGCUGCUCACUCAACGCCGUACUGUCACAGCCAGAGGUGAAUAAGGACCAAGUACAAGCCUUUUCAUUCUUAGCAUUAUAUUCAAUGAUAAAUUCACUAGGGAUUCUUUAACUGUACUUCUGGUGGAAGAUUGCAAUCUUUAAAGGAAAAAUUCCAUGUUGGGACAUAGAGGUGGCCUACAGACACAUGGAAAGGUGCUCAACAUCACUAAUCAUCAGGGAAAUGCAAAUCAAAACCACAAAAAUAACACCUGACACCUGUCAAAAAGACGAGAGAUAAGUGUUGGCAAGGGUGUGGAGAAAAGCUGUCUGCACCCCCAUGUUUACUACGGAAUUAUUUAUAAUAGCCAUGGUAUGCAAACAACCUUAAGGGUCCAUGGGUGGAUGAAUGGAUAAGAAAGUUGUGAGAUACAGACAGACACAUACAUACACAUAUAUACAUGCAAUGAAAUAUUACUCAGCCAUAAAAAAGGAAAUCUUACCAUUAGCAACAACUUGGAUCUAGAGGGCAUUAUGCUGAGUGAAAUUAGAGAAAGGUAUCAAGUACCACAUGAUCUCACUUAGAUGUAGAAUCCAAAACACAAAACCAACCAACAAGACAAAACCAAACUCACAGAUACAGAGAACAGAUUGGUGGUUAUCAGUGGUGAC